UUGACAGAGGACGUUGACGACGACGACGGCGACGAAGAUUUAGUCAAGGAAGAAGGAUCUGGAUACGAGGAAGAGGAAGAGGAAAGGGUUGAAGCCAGUCCCGAAGCAGUCAAAGUGACGGAGCGCAGCAGGAGAGAAGUGCUUGCCGAUUCUAUAGACGAAUCCGAGUCUGAGCCCGAGCCCGAGCCCGAGCCCGAGCCAGAACAAGAGCCGGCCACGCCCUCUGGAGAGUCAGAUUCAGAGGGCGGCGGUGGAUCAGUAAAUAGACAGUCCAAGCGACGAAAACUCUCCAUCACGCCACUUCCAGCCUUUGACUCGUCACCGCAACCUCAGGACGACAACAGCUCCUCUGACCUUGACGAUGGCGCGGGGGCACCACAGCACCAACCUACGUUUCACGAACCACCUCGCUUCUUCCGACAGAACGACGAAGGGUACGGCGGCGACAGAGAUGGUGGUGACAUCACGCUGGCAUCACCCCCUCGCAGGGGCUAUGUACGCGGUGGCAUGGCGGCCGAGCUACAGGGUUGGCUGCACGAGGUGAAAGGUGUGGAGGGCGAGGGCGGCAACCUGGCGUCGACGACGACGACGACGACGACGCCGCGAGUUACUGUCAACAUGCUGGUUCCGCGGACCCGACCGGCCUUUGCGCUGGGAGGACGGGUUACGACGACGAGACCAUGGUCACGAUGCACGUACAUGACCACCAGUGGGAAAAGGUCUGACCCGCUGCGCAUCUUGUUCUGCGGAUCAGACACCUUCAGCACGGAGGCGUUACAUGCGCUGUACGAGGAGCACAGGUUCAACCCGGAGUUGGUGCAGAGUAUCGAUGUAGUGAUGCCCAAGGGAAUCAACCUCAUCGUUGCCGUCUCAUUCGGCCUAUUUGUACCGCCUAGGCUCCUAAAGCAGGCCAAGUACGGUGGUCUCAAUGUCCAUCCAUCAUUCCUACCAGAUCUACGCGGGCCGGCACCCAUCCACCACGCCGUCCUCCGGGGAGACGACUACGUGGGGGUAUCGCUGCAGACUCUGGACGCCGCCCACUUCGACCACGGCGUGAUCCUCUCGCAGACUGAGCGGCCAGGCCUGAGGGCCACCAGACACUGGACUCUCAACCUGCUGACGCGCAAGCUGGCUAUCGAGGGAUCAGAGCUCCUCGUCGAGGGUCUACGUCAGGGGCUGCACGUACCGCCGUACAGCAAUGCUGCUGCUGUUGCCGAUAAUGACGAUGGUGCCGACAAGGUGCCGGGCCAGCGACAGCAACAGCGACAACAGCAGGAACGACAAGGACUGCGCCACGCACCCAAGAUCAGGACGUCCGACACCGAGAUCCGUUGGGAUGCCUGGACGGCCGAUGACUGGGCGCGUCGGCUGCAGAUGAAGCAGGCCAUCUGGACCAAGGGCCAGUCUCAGGGAACGCAGGGGCCUUCUUCUCGUCGACUGAUCAUCCAUGACUCGAGACUCGUGCCAGAGGAGGAAGGUCGGGAUGAGAAGCCGGCCGCUGUAGCCGUGAGGCCGUUCAUUGUGGAAUGGCAUCAGGAUGCAGCGCCAGUGAAGGCCAAGGAUUAG